AUGGGAGAAAACAAAAGCUUUGACGCAACAGAUUUUUUUGCUGGUCAACCAAACCUUCCAACUAUACUGGAAAGUGAUGAGGUACCAAAAACUUUUACGUCUUCCCCGCUUGCUUCUCCUCUAAUGUCUCUGGAUCAAAAGACUAAUGCUAAAAGUAAUACGACAACGACCUUGCCUAAUGGAACACGUUCAAAUACUCCAGAUACAGACGAAACAGCAGUUGAAGUAGGAAAUAGCACGACAAGUUCACCAAAGACUCCGUCAAGAAAUAGUAGUAGGUCAAAUACUCCAAGUAGCGAAAAAGGUUCUAAGCGUAGUAAUAAGAGCACACCUUCUUCGCCCGUUUCUCGUACAAUAAAUAGUCGUUCAAACACCCCAGACAUAAAUAGAUUAUCUCGAAGGGUGAAUAGGGAAUCGACUUCAACUCCAACAGGUUCUCGAACUCCUUCCCGAAGUCGUUCAAAUACUCCGGAUAUCUCUAAACGGAAAAAUACUACAGGAUUUUUACAGACUGAAAAUCAUGAAAUGAAACCAAUCAGAGAACCACUUACUAGCAGUAAUUUUAUACAUCUUGGCGUUCCCGGUGAAAUCAAUUUUCCUUCUGCCAAUAUACGUGAAUUAACAAUUGGAGUCUUUCAUGUCUUUAAUCCAACGGAACAUCAAAUUUCUUGGAGUUUAACCCCAGCUGAAAAUGCAUUGUUUCGUCGUUUAGGGACCGCAACAAAUGCUGCUACAAAAGUUGAUGAUGACAUUUUCUUGGUAACAAAACCAAGGGGAUUUCUAGGUCCAAAACAUGCUGAAAGGGUUGAUGUACAUUUUCGUCCGUUAGGUGUUGGGACUUAUAUACAAAAAUUUGUGUUGGAAGAUGCUUCAGGAAAUCUCACAAAUAAUGUAGAUGCUGUUAGUAUGAGCUUUCAAGGGAUCGCUACUGAAAAUACUUUUAGUACUUUAUUACAAAAACAUAAACCCUCAAAAAAAGAAGUGAAAUUUGAAGUUGAAGGAUCUGAGGUCAAGUUGCCCCCUACGAGGGUUGGAAAGCAAAGAUCCAUGGGUAUUAAAAUAUCAAAUGUUUCAAAGGAAUCAAUUAGACUGAAUUGUAAAGUUGAAACUUCAACUGGUCCUGGAGGAAAAUAUGUUUUAUCUCUUCCAAUGAAUAGUGUCGUAAUUAAAUCUGAGGGGUUUGCUAUCCUUCCCGUUCGUUUUCAACCAAGAGCAGAAGGUGAAGUUAAGGGUAUUGUUACAAUACAAUCGGCACAUAACAACGAAGUUAAGGUCGAUAUUGUCGCAAAAGGCGUGUUGGACAAUCGACACACCAUAUAG